UUGCUUCCUUCUGAUCAGGUCUUCGAUCGAGCAUCCAAACUUCUUAGAGACUAAAGCGAGAUUUUAGCUAUCCAGAAUGAGCUCUUUCCAUUUCACAAAGGUCCCACCAGAUGAUCAGAUGUACACAGAUAUCAAGUCGCUCAAUAAGUUCGAGGAAAAGCCGUUUUGUCAGCUGUUAGACAUUGUGUUCUCAUUUCUUGUAUCACCGAAGGAAAGUUCAAGAUUCAUGUCCCAAGUUGCAGAAUUCGCUGAGGAAUAUGGACUGGGAACUAAUGCGCUCAAAAAUGUUGUUAAAAGUUUGCUUAGCUUCUUCAAGAGUGCAUUAAAAAGUAAUUUAACACCGGCGCAAGUGAAAGAAGACUUGGAACAUCUCGGUCUGUCAGGGGAGAAUUCUCCUCACAUGUCCAACCAAUGGAAGGCAAACCUUGUUGCUCUGUCACGCUCUGUCGUUGGUCAAACCUUCAUGGUGAACGAACUUGUCGACAUGGAAUGGAAGUUUGGGGUUACAGCUGGAAGUAGUGACUUAAAAGUUGUGGGACAAACAUUUUUACAGUUGAAGAUGGUUGUAGAUCAUGGUGGUGUACAAGAAGAUGUUUUUAUGGAAAUGACUUUGCCACAGUUCUACUCUUUCUUGCACGAGAUGGAGAAAGCUAAGUCUGCCCUUGAAUAUUUUAGUUGAGAAGAUUAAUGCCAGGUUUUUAUAGCCUUUUAGCCCCAAAGAGUGAUUAGCAUCCUCUUUCCCCUUACAAUAUCACUGUUGAAUCUAAUUUUGUGGUCAUAAGAAGAAAGGAAAUGAUUGCUAACUGAAGAUCUUAAUCUUUUUUUUAAUCAAACAAAUACUCCUUGACACAAUCAUGAGAAAUGUAAAGAAUCUGGUAGUGUCAGCUGACACGUUGGUCAAUCUUACCAAUGCAUCGGCCAACACACCACCAAUGCAUCAGUAACAUCAACCAACAUGUCAGCCAAUGCAUUGGCUGUGUGUGUCAGUGGUGUGUCAGUAGUGUGUCCACUGGCAUGUCAGUAAGAUCGGAUUCUUUACUUUUACCUAAUAUGCAUAGAACAGAAUGGAGAACGUGUGUAGUGCUCUUGUGGUCUAAGGGGUUUAAUAACCUAGGGUGCAUGUUCUGUGGUUCAAUUUUUCUGCAGUUUCUCAAUCUGAUCUCCCUUGUUACACUAUGGUAAGUCAUGUACUUGAGUAGGUUCGACCAAAAAUAAAUGUGAAAUGAACAAAAAAGAGAAUUUGUUUCAAGGUUGAAAACUGAUAGUUGCAAACUAUAUGCCAAGAAAUUUUUAUUUCUGAAUCAUAUUUGAAGUGAAACAUUCUAAAACUUAACUAUGAAGCAUUGUAUAUGUACUAGAAGCUAGAUGACAAACAUCAGGUGUUGCCAUGAUGGUUUUUCACAGACCUUCAUACUUGUAGUUGAUGAAAAUGACACACACAUUGCACUAUAGUAUAUCAAAAACUGAUUGUUUUGCAAAAUUUCCUUUAAAAAAUGGCUUUGAAAGUCCUUCAGCAUAUUCCACAUGCACAAAGAAAAAGUAGCUUUGAUUCUAAGAUAAUUUUUUAACAGACAAGUUUAUAGUAUAUGCCAAGAACUGCAUUUUUUUAGAUCAUGUACUCUUGUUAUUUCUGUCACCUCCAUGGUUUUUAAUGUUAAGAUUUAUGUAAAAAUAAAAUUUUAUCAUUUUUCUCA